AUGGAGGCUAGUGAGCUUGCUCACAGUCAGACUUUGCAGGCAAACUUUGCUAAUAGAACAGAUGAUCAAUGCUUGGCAUAUACAGGAAAAGAUUAUGAUAGAUAUAAAAAUCCUAAACAUCAACCAUGCAAAUGUGAUUUUUUUGAUCUUUUCAAAAUAUGCAAAAAGUGUAAUGAGUCUUGUGAAAGACUAUUUGCUCGAAUUAGUAAAGAUACUGAAAUUGCUGAAGAUGAAGAACUUCAAACAAACCCUUAUGAGAUAGCAACUAAAGAAGUACUAAAAGGAGCAGACAUUGAUAAAGUGAUCACUAAAUAUGCAUCUUCUUGUAAAAAAGAUACUGAAAUAGAAAAAAGUAAACUUUGCAAAGAUUUAUUUUCUGGAAUGUAUGAAAAAGAUGAUAUUAAGCAAUUUGAAGAAUAUAAUAAUGAAGAAUUUAAUUAUAACUGUGAUAAUGCAAUUUUGUUAGAUGAUUUUUAUGGAUUAAAUAUUAA